AUGGCUAAGAUCAAGUCCAUUGAAUACUUCCGUGUCCUCCCCCGAUGGCUCUUCGUCAAAGUCACCGAUGACGAGGGCCAGUAUGGAUGGGGCGAGAGUACUCUCGAAGGACACACGGAGGCCAUUGAGGGAACCCUCGAUUCAUUGAGCAAGCGCUUCCAAGGCUAUGAAGCAGACGAUAUCGAACAUAUCUGGCAAAUGGUCUGGCGUCUCGGUUUCUACCGCGGUGGUCCAGUCUUCAUGUCCGCCAUCUCCGGCAUCGAUAUUGCCCUCUGGGACCUCAAGGGCCGUCGUCUGGGCGUUCCGAUCCACCAGCUUCUAGGCGGUAAACUCCGCACAAAAGUCUCCGUCUACUCAUGGAUAGGCGGGGACCGGCCAGCCGAUGUGGAGGUUGCGGGUAAGGCUCGCUUAGCGCAGGGUUUCAAAGCAAUUAAGAUGAAUGCCACCGAGGACAUCAACUGGCUGGAUUCACCGCACGUGCUGGAUACCAGCGUUGAGCGUCUAAAGACGGUUAAAGGCCUGGGCCUGGAUGCCGCGCUGGAUUUCCACGGGCGUUUACACAAACCAAUGGCGAAGCAGUUGGCGAAGGCGCUUGAGCCGCACCGGCCGCUUUUCAUUGAGGAGCCAUUGCUUUCUGAACACCCUGAGGCGAUCAAACAGUUGAGUUCUCAGGUUUCGUGUCCCAUUGCUCUGGGUGAACGAUUGUAUAGCCGUUGGGAUGUGAAGCGGUUCCUGGAAGAUGCGAGCGUGGAUGUGCUGCAGCCGGAUAUCAGUCACUGUGGAGGUAUUUCAGAGAUGCGACGGAUUGCAUCUAUGGCGGAGACGUACGAUGUUGCUAUUGCGCCGCAUUGUCCGCUGGGACCUAUUGCGUUGGCGGCGUGUAUUCAAUGCGAUCUAAAUACGCCGAACUUUGUCAUUCAGGAGAUGAGUGUUGGUAUGCACUAUAACCUCGAGGCGGGCGAGUAUGAUAUCACGAGUUAUGUGAAGGAUGCCACAGUAUUCGAGGUCAAGGAUGGGUAUAUUGAGGCGUUGACGGCGCCUGGGUUGGGUAUUGAGGUUGAUGAGGAGGCGGUGCGGCGUGUUGCGCAGACUACGCAGCCUUGGCCGUGUAAGGAAUUCUAUGGUCCUGAUGGUAGUAUCAGGGAAUGGUAG